AUGUCCCUCUGGGCUAGAGCUCAGCAGCUCCCCCAAGAAAGUCUGCAGCAGGUAAGGGCCAUCUAUGGAGAUCACUUCCCGAUUGAGGUCCGCCACUGCCUGGCGACAUGGAUCGAAAGCAGGAUAUGGACUUCGGAACCGGAGGAGCAGCAGAGGUUUUUCGUGGACGAACUGGUACAAGAGAUCCAGACCAACGCGGACCUCAUGCUCUCCCCGGAGAUGUUCGUCACCAAGAUGAAGCUGAUAGAAGCCGCAAAAAAUUUCCAUGUGCAGUACAGCCACGAGCCGCACAAGCUAUACGCAUACCUCCGGCGUUGCUUGGCGCUUGAAAUGGAAGUUAUACAGAAUGCGAUGGGAACACCCUACGUUGCUCAACCACAUACUGAGAGAAAGUACAGUGAGCUCAUAACCGGUCUGCAGAAUGUGCGUCAGAAGGUGAACAUGGCAAGCGAGGAGAUCCGUAGUCUCCAAGCCAACAUCGAGUCUUUCUCUUUGCAGUAUCACGAGUGCUUGAAAAAUAAAGGCCAUAUAAACUAUUUGCAGCAGUCCGGGCCCAUCACCGCUGAACGCAGAGAGCUGGAGGCCUGUCUACGAGUGCAAAUUGAAGAGAUGGAAAGGAAACUUAACGCUCUGGUGGCCCAAAUCAACCAGUCCCAGAUGGAGCUAGUGGAUCGAAUGAAGGACAACAUCGCCAACCUUCGACAGCUGCAAAGCCAGGUCUUGGAUGAGGAGCUAAUCAAAUGGAAAAGGGAACAGCAGCUUAGUGGCAAUGGUGUGCCCAUGCAGUCUAACCUGAACACCAUCCAAGAGUGGUGCGAGAUGCUGGCCGACCUCAUCUGGACCAGUCGGCAGCAGGUGAACAACGUGGCGCGCAUCAACAGCAAGACUAUCGUCGAACUGAGGCAGCCGCAUCUCGUUGAGAUGCUGGACGACAUGAGCAAACAGGUGACUAGUCUGCUGUCCACGUUGGUGACCUCCACCUUCGUUAUAGAGAAGCAACCACCUCAGGUGAUGAAGACAAACACUCGCUUCACGGCUACAGUCCGGCUGCUUGUUGGUGGUCAGCUGAACGUCCAUAUGACUCCACCUAGAGUAACGGUGGUGAUAAUCUCCGAACAACAAGCACAGCUGCUGUUGAAGAACGAGACACAAACCGGGCGCGGCAAGCAGCCGGUGGAGUGCGGGGACAUCCUCAACAACAGCGGCUGCAUGGAGUACCAGCCCCCCAGCAGGCAGCUCAGCGUCAGCUUCAGGAACAUGCAGUUGAGAAAAAUCAAGAGAGCCGAAAAAAAGGGGACAGAGAGUGUGAUGGACGAGAAGCUGACCCUCCUCUUCCAGUCGGAGUUCAACGUGGGUGGUGGAGAGCUGGUGUUCCAGGUGUGGACGCUGUCGCUGCCGGUGGUGGUGAUCGUGCACGGCAACCAGGAGCCGCACGGCUGGGCCACCGUCACCUGGGACAAUGCCUUCAGCCCUCCAGGACGCGUGCCUUUUGCUGUGCCAGAUAAGGUCACAUGGGGACAGUUGGCUGAAACGCUACGUAUCAAGUUCGGCUCGGCCACCGGUGGCGAUCUUUCCGAAGACAACCUGAGAUUCCUCGCAGAGAAGAUUUUCAGGACCAGUCUUCCCAUGUCGACGAUGGAACUGAAUGCGAUGACGGUAAGCUGGACGCAGUUCUGUAAGGAUGCCUUGCCAGAGAGGAACUUCACUUUCUGGGAGUGGUUCUACAUGGUGGUGAAGGUCACCAGGGACUACUUGAGGACGCUGUGGUGUGAUCGAUUAAUAAUGGGCUUCAUCCAGAAGAAGCAGGCCGAGGAGAUGUUGGCCAAAUGUCCACCUGGCACCUUCCUUCUCCGAUUCUCCGACUCGGAGCUUGGUGGGAUCACCAUCGCCUGGACUGGUGAGGGCAACGAAGUCUUCAGCCUCCAGCCGUUCACGUCGCGGGAUCUGAUGCUGCGAUCCCUGGCUGACAGGAUCCUGGAUCUCGCACAACUCCAGUUCCUGUACCCCAAUGUGGCUAAGGACGACGUUUUCUCCAAGUACUACACCAAGCCCGAGAACGAGAUGCUGAAGAACGGGUACGUGAAGCCGGUGCUGGUGACGACGCUGCCCCCGUACAUGUCGCCGUCGCCCGCCUACGCGCACGCGCACUCGCCCGACUCGCAGCGCAACACGCCCAGCGUGCAGAGCAGUUACUUCAGCGCUGCAACGCCAGCACAGACCGAGAGCAGCUUCAUGGACAGUGAGCUCUUUGAGCAAAUUAGGGCCUUCGAACCUGAUGGUCUGGAUGACUUCGACUUCUACAGCGCCAACAUGAGCAUGAAGUGA